CAACAGUGUGAGGCUUACAGCUGACAGUUUUGUUCUGACGUGAACAGAGGGAAGGUGGGAGACGCUACACAUUCACUGGGAACACAGAAGAUGGGUAUGAAUCAGAACAGCUUUAAAAUUCCUCCAUUGAGCUACUGAGUGUGAAAUCAGCCCCCAGAUAACCAUGGUGGCAAGAGAACAGGUUCUAAUUACUCUUUCUGGAGGAACUCCUUGGGGUUUUAGGCUACAAGGGGGUUCGGAACAAGGCAGACCACUCCAGGUGGCAAAGGUUCGUAAGAGGAGUAAAGCCUGUCGAGCUGGACUACUUGAAAAUGAUAUGCUGGUGUCCAUCAAUGGAAAAACCUGCACUGGCCUGUCACAUGCAGGUGCAAUGCAUCUCAUUGAUUCUUCCUCUAAUGUGUUGCAUAUAUUGGUCACCAGGUCAUCCACUGGACAGGAUACAGAUGCAACAAAGUUCAUGGGAGGGGUCAAGCAACUACAGUCCCCACCACCAAGUAACGACAUUACACCUGUGAUCUCCAGAACAGAACUAAGAGUCCUCUCUCCACCACCCUCUGUCACCAUGAGGAGCAAGAAGCAACCCCAAGCAGUCAUUUCUCAGAGCAUGAUGAAUGACAAGAUCCAUGUAAUUCGACAGAGCCCUGAGCCACUGCCUCCCUGUCAUCUAGACAGCCUGACUUCCCCACCAGACAGUGAAGCCUACUAUGCUGAAACAGACAGCGAUGCAGAUACCAUGGCGCUGGUAAACAUGACACAAGACAAGCCACAGCAACGAAGGCCAAAGAGGAGAAGUCCCCGCUCAUCACCUCGUCUUAUUCAUCGGGAGUCACUUGAAGAGGUAUCUGAGCUGAGCAGCUAUGACAGUGCUGCUGAGCCAGAAGAACCAUCUGCUUACACAGUCGGCCAGCAACACGGUCGCACCAUCUUCUCUCCAACUUCACACAGUAAUGGGGAGAGUAGUAUGGUGUCCAAGAAGGAGAUCUCAUAUGAAGAGGUACUGCCCAGCGAGUCUCCCAUUCCUGAAAGUCCUGUCAGUGGCACCAAGAGCCCACUGCUACAGAUGGCAGCUGAGGGAAAGCUUAUCCCAAUGGUUGGACCCGUUGAUUUUCCUGUUGAUGAAACAUUGACAACCACCUACAAAGACAAAGCAAAACAGGCCAAACUGCAUCGGAGCGAAAGUGUGCAAGAGAAGCAAGUCAAAGAAGCCAGAACAAAAUGUAGAACAAUUGCAUCCCUUCUCACAGAUGCACCAAAUCCCCAUUCCAAAGGUGUGCUAAUGUUUAAGAAACGUAGACAAAGGGCUAAAAAAUAUACCUUAGUCAGUUUUGGAAGUGUUGAUAAGGACCGUUAUAAUGAGGAAGAGGAUGGAAGCUUUCCCACAACAAGUGAGUCAGAGUUUGAUGAAGAAGGAUUUUAUGAAGCUAGAAGUCUAACUGACCAGUCCUUUUCAGACUGGGAUAGUACUUAUCAGGGCGUUGAGAAACAACAGACAGAGCUAGAGUCUCAGCAGGGAUUAAGCGAAGCUGCAGGAAAAGGAGCAAUUCUUUUUCAACAGCAGAGACAGAAGACUGUGCAGAGCACUGCACAGCAUGUACCAAUGCAGAUGGCAGGCAGUAUGUCAGAAGUAAAGGAACAGUUUCAUGAAGAAAAUACUCCAGAAAAAUGCAAGGUGACCGGAGAUAACUAUCCACGGAAAACUUCCCCUUCAUCUGCUAUUAAUGUCCCCACUGAGUCUGUAAGAUCACUUCCUGUUACAAGAUCUGAGUCAGUUCCCACCCAGUGUUUCUCCUCUGAGACUCAAAUAGAAAGUGUAGCUCCACAAGCAGGAACCUUCAACAGAACUGCAAGGCCAUUUACUACAAGAUCUUUGGAAAAACGAGCUACAACUGCUCCAGUUGUUUUCAGACCUUCAUUUCCAAAAGCACGUACUGAGAUGCAGGUUUCACAGAACCAAGCUGCUGCUCCCUUCUCUCCAGACUUCUAUGAGUCUUCUAAGUCUGCAUUGAGCUCAGAGCAACAACAGCCAAGACAACACAGUUCUCCAGCAGCUGCUUCAUUGUAUGUUUCCCCAUCCCAAAGACAAAUGGUAGCCUCCUCUUCUCAGUCAAGAAAAGGAGAAAAAACUUCAGAGCUUAAGCCCACAUCAGAAAUACCAGGUUCUACAGCUGUAACUUCAAGCACUUCUCUUUAUAUAUCACUGCCAUCCAAGUCAGGAAUACAGUCUCCUUCUUUGCAGACUACAUCUGGGAAACCUGCAGAUCAUAGAUUAGCGAUGUCUUCAGCCCAGCCUCAUUCUCACUAUGUGACUUCCCCACCCAAUGAAAAGAGUAUGUCAGGUAGCUCUCCCAAGGUCAGUCAGCCAACCACAAACAGUUUAGUUUCACCAGCCAUUACCAUCACUUCUUUGUCACAUGCUCGUUCUCCUUCUGAACCUUUGAUUUCUAGAGAACAGCGAAUUGCAGUCCCAGCUUCCCGGACUGGUAUACUACAAGACGCACGGAGGAGAGGUGGCAAAAAACAGAUGUUCACUCCUUUAGAGCCGAAGCCAAAGGAGUCUCCCAACCCUGAAUUGUUGUCCAUGGUACAGAAUCUUGAUGAGAAACCUAAGCAAGAUCAUGUAGGAGCAGGGUUUGAAUCGGGUCCUGAGGAAGACUUCUUGAGUUUGGGAGCAGAAGCUUGUAAUUUUAUGCAGUUUCAAGCAAGGAAAUCAAAGACUCCUCCUCCUGUGGCUCCAAAACCACAGUUAAGGAGUGCAUUUGUCAAUGUUGUGAAUGGAAGCCCUAGAACUGACUCACCACAGAGUGGAGGAAAAGGAGCAGAACUUUUUGCUAAGCGACAGAGCCGCAUGGAUAAAUUUGUGGUGGAAGGGAACUCAUUUCAAACCAGUAUGCCCAGAUCACCAUCACCCACACCAUCACUUCCUGCCUCAUGGAAGUAUUCCUCCAAUAUACGGGCACCUCCUCCUAUAGCUUACAAUCCUUUGCAUUCACCCUAUCAUCCACAGGUGGCUGUCCGCUCUACACCUACUAAAGUUGAUAGCAAAUACAAGAAAAGUACAAAGACUGGGAUCCAGGCCAUUGAUUUCAUGCGGCACCAGCCAUAUCAAUUAAAUCCUGCCAUGUUUUGCUUCGAUGGUUCAUCCACUCCAUCUACACAAACAUCACAGAAACAGGGAAACAUGCCUACUUCUUCUUCUAAGCAAACAGGGCAGUUCUUCUCUCCUGCCAAACAAGUUCCACUGAAAACAGCAAGUGUACAUGAAGUAAAACGUUUUUCAACACCAAUGCCACUGUCAGGAUCAUCCAGCCUGACACCAGCAGUGAUCACUCCAAGGUCAGCCACGACAUUGGCUGAACCAGUGUGGAGAACUGAAAUUGCUUCUCCACCACCUGUACUAACUCGGUCGAUAAGUGCACCAAAAGUCCAAGUUCAAGACAUUAGGCAGUGUAAAAGUGCACCAGACCUGAGCCGUGUAGAUGCUCAUGAUUGCUCAGGCCUUCACUGUGCACCUAAUGUUGCUACAGUGCAUGCCCCAAGGCAAACAAUGACAUCCACACUGAUGUUCAAGCCCAGGUUCUCGGUCUCUAGACUUGGAACGCAGGCUAAUGUGUGGCGACCUGCCACAGUCCACCAGUGAAAUAUCUGCACUGUAUCAGUUACAGAUCAAGUGAAGUGCAUUAGUAUAUUACUAACUUGAUAGUUCUUUGCUGUAGUUAGUUAAUUAAUUUAGCUUUGUAUGUUAAAGUCUGACAGUCAUUAAAAUCCUGUCUGAAGCAAAUAUUUCAGUACAACUUCAGAUAACACAAACAAAAACUCUUGAAUGGUAGAUGGAUAGCAACAACAGAGACACUAUGACAACAUCACAGCAAACUGAGGCAUUAAGCUGUAUUAUUAAAAUUCACAAAUGUGGCAUCAGCUUUACUAGAUGUGGACAAAUGACUGGCCAGCAAUGUAAAAAAAUUUACCAAGCCUCGUUAUAUGAAGAAAUCCAAAGACCACUAUUGCUGUGCCAACUGAAGUAAUGCACUUCUCUUUCAUACAGUUUCUACUACCACAGGAGAAUAAAAGACUGGAGAAAAAAUUUAGAUUCACAGAAAAAAAUUAACAGAAAAAAAAUCUUUCUUCCACUUAGACACAUUUUUAUCAAGCAGUACUAUUUGUUAAAAUUGGCAUACCAGAAAUGUCUUGUCAGAAUUCAACACCACAACUUUUUCUCUCCCUAUCAAAAUCUUUCUGUAGUAGAAUGUGAUUGUAGCUGUGCUUAUCUGAGUUUUAUUGUUUCUUGUAAAGAGUUUGUUUUUUCUGUACUGUUCCAAUCCAUUAUGAAUUUUUUAACCUUAGUUUAAUUCAGCAUUUUUUUUUGUUUUGCUGUUUUUUGAGUUAGCCGUAUACAGUUUAGUAGAUUUAAAGAAAAAGAAAUAGAUUUUACACUGACACAGGCAUUUAAACCCUUUAUAGCAGAGCAGCAGACACAUGGGAAAGAUAAAUAAGAUAUGUGUAUUUAUGUGUCAUUUAACUGAGACAGGAUUGCAUUAAAACCUGCCAAUAGUUUGCAAAAAAAAAAAAAUGCUCAAUAUCUUCUGGUACCAAUGCACAUUUCAUAUUUAACCAUGCAUUCAUUCUGUCAGCUAUAAACGUAGCACAUUUAACCUA